UUGCUGUCUAGCACCGGUAGAGAUAUUCUAAGCGAUUCUACCUUCAAAAGCAAGCUUGUUGGAGUAGCCAUCGACGAAGCACAUUGCAUAUCGCAUUGGGGACUUUCAAAAAACAAGCAAGGGAAUAUCUUUCGUAAAUGGUAUGGUUGUCUUGGAGAACUGAGGUCUCUUAUUCCUGAACAUUGUCAUUUAAUGAUUUUAACUGCAACUGCCACAACAUCAACAAAGAAGGAAAUUUUGGAGUCGCUACACCUGGAACGGUCCGAAGUAUAUUUCAUUGAACAARGUCCUAAUAAGAAAAACUUGUUUUACAGUAAACAAUAUUUGGACAAAAAUCAACCUCUAGAAAAUCAACUGGGAUCUCUAAUCAAAGAAGUGCAAAGAAACGGCAUUAAAACUGAGAGAACAAUAAUCUAUUGUCAAACUAGAAAGCAAUGCUCUGUAAUUUACAGGGUAUUUGAAAUUUACCUUUCACAAGAAUUAUAUCAUGGCAAGAAAUGUCCAGAAAAUCAAAUGGUACAAAUGUUCCAUGCYGGYMCACCAAAACCUGUCAAGGACUUCAUUUCUCACAACAUGGCUCAAAGCAACGGACAUAUUAGAGUUUUAAUUUCAACUGUGGCUUUUGGAAUGGGCGUAGACUGCAAGGAGAUAAGACGYGUUGUUCACUUUGGUCCACCGAAGACAGUGGAAUCAUAUGUACAAGAGUGUGGGAGAGCGGGACGUGAUGGCCAACCAAGCUGUUGUGUUCUUUUGUUCAAUGGUCUAACUUCUGUUCAUUGUGCUGAAACAAUGAAAGCUUUUCUGGAAAGUGAGAACUGCCUUCGGAAAGAUUUGAUGUUCCAUUUUGGUUUCGAGAAAGAACCAGCUCUGCCCACUUUGCAUGAAUGUYGUAAUAACUGUGCAAAGAGAUGUGAUUGCAAAAACAAGUGUGACAAGGAGAUAUGGAGUCCUUUCAGUGAAUUCUCAGAGAACAAAAGUACUAGAAGAAAAUUAUGCAGAAUGGUGAAUUCUGAGGAAAAGCAUCAACUGAARCAGGAGUUGCUAAAAUUCCAAAAGAGCCUCAGGCAAAAGAACUUGGAAAGCAUGGUUACCUGUCCGAAUGUUUUAUUAGAAUUUAAUGUCUUCCACAUCAACCAAGUACUAGACUAUGGUGGCCUAGGACUGCCAUAG